CUCCGUCCUGAAAACACACUGAUGCUCUCCUCUCCUUCUUAAUACACCUUCUGUCGGCUCAGUUAGCGACCUCAGUCAGCUCACCCCCUCCCCCAAUACUGGCUGGUGCCAUCAUGCUUGCAGAUCUUCGUGGAGUGCCGCAAUGUCAUGAGUCGCCCUCCUUUCCACCCCUCAACUAUGACUUCCGAUAAACAAACCGCCAACGGCCCCGUCGCCAAACCCUUCACCCCAUCCCUCAGUGCAGCUUUCAAUCGAUCCGCUAAAUCCCCUCUGACCCCCAAACUAGCCAACCCUGGAGGUUACCGCACCCCCAAACGAUUCACCCCCUCCGAACACCCGGCCUCAAAUUCGAAGCCGGAUACCGAGCCGGUCUACCUCAGUGCGAAUAUCACCCCUCGAUCCGGCUCUCGCACCAGUAGGCGCGAUGGACCAACGUCCACGCCGAAUACCCCUUUGAAUGGCCACUACUCGCCUUCUUACAUUUCAGCUGGUGGUUCGACGGUGGGAAAGCGGACAGACCGGAGCCCGGUACGGGCAGGGGGGAAGUUUGAGCCUCCGAGAACCACAAGGGCUAAAACUCUGACAACAGAACCCUCGCGCUCACGACCUAGUUCGGUCUGUGGGACACCCUCCAGCUCGCCCAUGUUCUUUCACGCUGCCGAUGCGCGAUCGAACCCCGAUGUCGAUAACCGACCAAAACCAGCGGGAAAGCCAUCCCACACCACGUUCGUGUAUGCCAAUGGAAAAGAAGAGGACCCGCCUGCGGAGGAGCAUAAUACGGCAACGGUGUAUAAACGACGGUCGAUCGGGUUAAGUCGUUCUGUAGUCGGCUCCAAACCUCCGUCGGCGUCCCCGCGGUUGGCAUCCCCUAGACUGAAUGCCUCCUCUCCCCGACUUUCGGACGGCGUGGGAUCUCAGCUUGGCUCGCAGGUCGGCUCGCAGGUCGGCUCACAAAUUGGCUCACAGGCUGGCCCUCAGUUUGGUUCGCAGGCUAGCUCACGAUUCGAAUUUUCGCCACAGAUAGUCUCGCAUAUGCCGAGCCCACCCAUGAGCAAUUUCUCCUCAAGACCAGCGCCGUCAGCCCCAAGGCACACGAAAUCGUCCAGUGUCGACUCGGGGCACGGUACGACUUCUCCCAGAGAGCCCUUGCGACCAAGCCCCAUCAUUAUAUCCCCGUCUGACACCAGUAUCGACGCGAGCGCUCUUUCUUCCGCACCCAUUCCUGGUCUUCGACCCCGAGUCUUUAGCAAUGGAUCCGCAGCAUCUAUAGAGACUCAAGACUCUGCGCUGCAGAGCCCAGCUAAGUCUGAAUCGGGAUAUGCGAGAGAUGAUGCGGCGGUGAAUGCCCGCACAGAGCGUAAGAUCCUCGAUCUCGAAAUUAGUAACUCGUCACUCCUCGCUAUUAAUCGCACCCUCGAACGCGAAAUGCGGAAGCAGAAUGCGGAGCUGCGGAGGUAUCGCCGACUCAGCCGCGCUGGUAGAUUGUCCAUGGCACCAUCAAGUCGUUCCGUGUCCGCAGCUUCUUUGAGUAUCAUGGCCGAAAUGGACGAGAGUGAUGAGCAUGCGCACUCUGUCCAGUCGGCUGAUGAGCUAUCCGAACUGAGUGAUGAGGAUUCCGUGAUGGAUGAGGGCGUUCUUAGUCCUGAUUCCUUGGCAGAGCACGAUGCGCGACAUCGUGCCCAGGACGAGAAGAAGUUUUUUAUUGAUCUUGCUAAACAUCAAGACCUUCUGGCUGACAGCCAGAAAAUGAACCAGAGCCUUAAACGCUGUCUCGGUUGGACGGAGGAGUUAAUCAAGGAAGCUAAGAAAGCCCUUGAAUAUUCCGUGCAUGUAAAUGACAUCCAACUUGGAGGACGAGUCCUCGCCCCAGAAGAGUGCAGCGACCUCGGCGAAAGUGCCCGUGGUCUAUUGAGAAUGAGUGAUCCCAACGAUCUUUCAUACCUACCCGAAUUGCCAGACUCAGAGCCAGACUCAGAGUCUGAUUGAGGCUGACAGAAACAGCCUAGACGGCACAGGGUAACCUUUUUCCCCACACCGCAACCAUCUUGUACCUUUUGUUUUCUU